CGACAAACGUGACUUGUAUUACUCGACAAACUCUAAUAUCGAGUGUUGUGUGUUUGUGACUACCCGAGAAUAUGGAACAGGACAUGUCGAAAGCACAACUACAACAAAGUCUCACGGGGGUACCCGUAUCUAACCCGGGUAUGGGGCAACCACACCAGGCCCACCAGGGGCACCCACAGAAUCAUCAGGUACACCAGCCCCACCCCCAUCAACCUCACUCACCACCCGAACAAACGAACAUUUCUAAUGGACAAAGUGGGGGCCUUACAGCUCAACAGAAGAAAGACUUGGAUAGGGUUAAACGCCCUAUGAACGCUUUUAUGGUGUGGUCGCGAGGACAGAGAAGAAAAAUGGCUCAAGAAAAUCCAAAAAUGCACAACUCUGAAAUAAGUAAGAGACUCGGAGCUGAAUGGAAACUUUUGACGGAAACUGAAAAACGUCCAUUUAUUGAUGAAGCUAAGAGACUCCGUGCUAUUCACAUGAAGGAACAUCCCGAUUAUAAGUACAGACCACGAAGGAAAACGAAAACUCUGAUGAAAAAGGACAAAUACGCAUUACCCGGUAUGCCGACCGGGGCCCCUCUACAGCCCGGACGUGAGGGCGCGGGUAUGUAUCCGAUGAACGGGUACAUGCCGAACGGUUACAUGAUGCACGAUCCUAACGCAUAUCACAUGGCAAACCAAAUGGGACUUGCCGGACAAUAUGGUUAUCCUAAUAUGGCCACACAACCGAUGCCUUCUAACCAAAUGACUACGGGAUCAUACAUGAACGGAACACAGAGUUACACAAUGUCAAUGGCGUACGGAGCCAUGCCACCAACACAAGUCCCCCAAUCUUCGAUUAAACGGGAACCUCAGACCGGAGGGCCGGGACAGCCCGUCCCCACGGGAGGCCGGAACCCAGGGGAUCUACGAGAAAUGAUCAGAGGCGAUCAGGUACCAGUACACUACGAACACUCUUGGAGGGACUGAGAAAAUGGAAACACGAUCGUGUGUAGGGAAAGUUUAAAAAAAGUUUAAUAAGUUGCUCAUCGUUGCGGAGACAGAAGAACAAAUGUGGUGAUCGCGUGUGAGAAAGUUCGUCUUAUUCACUGGGACAUAUCCUUGAGGAA